AUGCCUCGAAAUCGUCGCAGAGCCGGAGGACGACACGAGGGUAAUCCAUCACAGAACAAUCCCAACAUCCCUCAGAAUCAUUCUUUGCAAGGCCAGCCAUUCUACGGUCCUGCCUCUAUUACAAUCUACUCUGAUCAACCAGAACAAAGACACCAAGGUGAAUAUAAUGGUUAUUAUGAUUAUGAAAACGAGGACAGGAUUAACAUCUAUAAAACAGUGGAUUCUUGGAGAUCAUAUCGAAACGAUGGCCACAGCCUUCAGUCGUCCAUUAUGACACAACCGUAUCAAAUUUUGGGCUCAAACCCUACGCGAUCGGCCAUGAACGUCAACGCUCCUGCCUUUACCCCGUAUCAGCCUCUCAGGUUAGUUCAUAAUUACGCUCGAUACCCUUCAUAUCGAGUUGACAAGCCAUACAGAGUGUCAAACGGUGCUCGUGAACGACAGGCUGUACAUCAGAUUCGCGACCUACAUCAGGCUGCUGUACCGAGAUAUUCUCUACGCAGCCAGAAUCGACAAUCACAGCAUUUCAUCCCAGCCACUGGUGCAUCUGGGCAAAGCCUCCCGCAUUCUCGUGAUCAGCCGAUUCCCUCGAUAGAGUCAGGUUUCACUCAACUCGCCGCGUCAAAUACUCUCGUCCCCUCAUCACUUCCUCCAAAAGCACGUCGGACCUGGUCUCCUCCUAAAGUGACACCUCCCAAGCGCCCUGCAGCGGCAAGCAGCUAUCUCAAAAGAGCUGGACAAGCGCCGGAGGUCAUUGACUCACCCAAGAAACUUUUGGUCAUCCUUGAUCUGAAUGGUACUCUCCUAGUCAGACCAAAUACUCGCACUAACCCACGAGCGUUCAAACUCCGGCCAGGGGUCACUCAGCUACUCGAUUAUCUCUUUGCCAAUCACACUGUCAUGGUAUACUCCUCUGCUCGACCAGAAAACGUAGCCAUCAUCGUCAAUAAUCUGUUUCAUCCUAAGCAGCGAGCCCAAUUGGCAGGUAUCUGGGCGAGGGAUAAGUUGGACCUCAACCAGGAACAAUACCUGGGCAAAGUGCAAGUCUACAAGAAGCUGGACAAAAUCUGGUCAGAUAAGGCCAUCCAGAAAUCGGCUGGCAGAGGAAACAGAUGGGACCAAACAAACACCGUGCUAGUUGACGACAGUCGCCUCAAGGGAGUCGCCCAACCCCAUAACCUCGUUCAAAUCACAGAGUUCCUCAACAACGCUCCAAAAGUAGGCGAUGAGGCUAUUCGUGCUUGGCAAAUGAAUGAAAUGGCCAUUCUCCAAUCCCUGGAACAGAAGCUUGAGCAACUCAAAAUGCAGGUCGACGUCUCAAGGUUGAUUCGGGAAUGGCAAUCUGGCAAGCGACAGGCUCCUGGUGUUGUUGAUGAAACCAUUGAUCAAAAGACCCAAGAGAAAGUUGAAGAGCAGCUGAUUCGCAAAGGCAGUACAGUGUCGACUGUUACCGAAGCUGCCAGCGAGUCCACUCCUCAGCCUGAGCAACUUACCUACCCCACUCCACCAACGCAGCAAGCACCUCUUUCAACGAAGAACCAAUCAAAGCAUCCUUCGGCGUUGGACCUACUUGAUGCGCAGAUUGAUGAUGCCAUGAAGAACACUUCUCUUAGUGACAGUAGUGAUCUGGGGAGCGAAUCACCCAUUGACGAAAGUGUUUUCAGUGAUUUACUCCGUGGAGGCGGCACUAGGAUUUAUCAGGUGAAGGAUAUGCCCAAAAAGUCGACUGUGAAUGUCCCACCAACGACGGAAAGCUUGGUUGGUUGA